AUGCAGCCAAGACGUCCAGAAGCCGCCUUGGAAUUGGUUAUUCCUGCAUACAUUCUUGUUGGUUACAAGAGCCAUUUUCAAGAAGGUUGUGAUGUUGUAUGUGGGGAAGUAUGUCAGUUUCGCGAGGAUAAAGUUUACCACGAGUGGACAGCUUUAAUCCAAGCUCCUUGUGAAGGAACACCACAAAAAACCAUAAAGCGCGGUAAACUGAACAAAAAAAAAGCAAGGAAGCGACUUAAGUUGGAAGGUAAAGAAUACACAACCCAAAAGGGAAAGACGAUGCCAGCAAGAAAACCAAUGCAAUGGGUAGAAUGCAAGUGCAAGAACAAAUGUGCAAGAAUUUUCACCAUAGAGGAUCGAAAUCUUUUAUAUGAGCGAUAUUGGAAUAUUCGUUCAGACAACGAAAGGAGACAGUACAUUCUCGCGAUGACUUCAACAAAAGAUCCUGCCCAAAGAGCAACAAAAAAGGGAGAGAAUUCGCGAAGAAACCAAACUCUUGUGUACUUCCUCAGUAAAACUAACAAUGAAGAAGCUGAAGUCUGUGCAAACGUUUUCUUAUCAACGUUACAAGUAACUAGAAAGUUUGUUCGAUAUACCCGUCAAAAUGCAACUCAAGGCUUCAGCAAACCGGAUAGCAGAGGUCAACAGACUCCAAAACACAAACUAACUGAUGUGAGACGAAAACAGGUUUUGGCACAUAUCAACUCAUUCCCUAAAGUCCCUGCUCAUUAUGUGCGGAAAUCAAGCCAAAAAAUCUACAUCGAAGAUACCACAAACUUUUCCAAACUAACUGUAAUCAAAAUGCAUAGACUGUAUCUAGCUGAUUGUCAAAAGGAGGGUGUCAACGAUCCUGUAGCGCUUAGUACUUACAAAGAAAUUGUUAAAUCUCAAAAUAUAGCAAUACAUAAACCAAAAAAAGACCAAUGCAAAAUCUGUGUUAAAUAUACUAGAAGUAAUCCCAAAGAAAAAGAAAAAUUAGAAGCAACCCAACAAACCCACAUCAGUAACAACAAGAACGUGAUGGACCUGAAACUAGCUUACAAGACAAGAGGAAAAGAAGAUGCCAGUCUACUUGUAUUCAAUUUUGAUCUUGAAGCCGUGUUGUAUACACCAUGUGAUAAAGUCAGCACAAUUUUCUACAUGAGGAAGUUGUGUACGUAUAACUCUACUGCCUUCAAUUUAGUCACGAAAACGGGACAGUGCUACAUCUGGGAUGAAAGUGAAGGAAAACGAGGAAGUAAUGAGAUUGGUACUACUAUCCACCGCUAUUUGGAACAGUUUCAUGGUAAAGAAUUGGUAAUGUUUUCAGACACGUGUGGAGGUCAAAACCGUAAUCAAUACAUAGCUGCCUUGUUAUUGUAUAUGGCACAUAACCACAAAACCAUCAAAUCAAUCGACUAUAUUUUCAUGGUUCAAGGGCACUCCCACAUGGAAGUGGACUCGAUGCACUCAGCUAUAGAGCGAAAGUCAGGUGGAUUGCAGAUAUACGACCCUUAUGGAUGGACUGUUGUAGCAUCAAUUGCCAGGAGAAAUCCUUAUUUUGUUGAAAACUUGGAACACACUGACAUCCUUGACCUGAAAAAGUUGAAGCAGGAUAUGAAAGUGACAAAUGUCAAUAAAGAUGACGAUGGCCAAAAAGUCAGAUGGAACAAUGAUGGGAGUAUUACCUGGAUGCGGUUCGAAAAGGAACAACCAGACACCAUUCUAUACAAAGUCACAUAUGAUCAAGCCACACCGUUCAAAAAAAUGAAGGUUAUUCGAAGUAUGCGCCAGAAUGUAGCUUCAGAGGCCUCAGGUUACACUUUACCAAAAGCUUACACUAGCAAACUUCUAAUAUCUAAAGCCAAGCAUGAGGAUCUUUUGAAACUUUGCAAUGACCUAACCAUCCCAACCCCCCACCAUCAAUUUUAUAAAGAUCUGCUAUGUCCAGACCAAGAGGUCGAGGAGAGUUUCUCUUCUGAGAGUGAGGUAGAGGAAGAAGAAGAAGAAGAAGAAGAAAACGAGUGACAUUCAUUAUGACAUUUACUUUUCCAGUUUAGUUUAUCAAAGACCUUGUAAUUUUCGUUUUUUCGGUUAAUUAUCUCGUUUAAAGUAUUAAGAACUGCUUUUUGAUUUAUAGUUCCUUUAUUAGACCUUUUUAAGCAUAUUUUGACAACUUUUAGGCAAAACAUACUUCUAUGCAAAAAGGCAAACCUCAAAGAAUUUUCUAUAGUGAAACAUGAAAAAAGGGCCAAUCUCUUAACUAGGACCCAUUCCUCCAUAUCCAUCAUGAAGACUACAACUAGACAAUAGGCAAAAGAAAGUUAAAACUGUCACCCUCAUAAUUCAUUUAAAUGGUAACUGGUGCAUUUGCGAGACAAA